AUGGCGACCGAAUCUGUAAGAACGACGCAGGAGCAAAUGCAAAAUGGGCUUUCAACGGAAAAGAUCCGUAUGAUGAUUGAUGCUUGCGGAUCGGGUAAUACAGCCUUGAUUGAGCAGCUUGCUGCAGAAAACCCUUUAUUUAUUCGACAGCAAGAUUUUGAAACUGGAUUGUCGCCUCUAAUGGCAGCGGCCAAGACUGGAAAUUUGGAACUCUCUAAGCGCUUGCUCGAUCGGGGGGCACCUUGGAAUGCAGUAGAUAGGGAUGGAAACUGCGCAGGAAAUCAUGCCAUGAGUGGGGAACAUUGGGAACUCGUCAACUACUUAGUCGAAUGGGGCACUCGCGCGGAGUUAGUCCUCGGAGAAAUGCAAAGGUGUCAACAACAGGCAGGAAUCAGCAUUAUUCCGCAAGCACCCACAAAGGACCCCGGAUAUCAGUCAUCGACAAAAUCAGACUAUCUGAAGCACCAACUACGAUACAGCAAAGAUGGUAACGCACUUUUGGAUGGUGAUGAUGAUGCUGUUAUGAUGGAGUGGGAAAGGCCGAUUAUGAAAGCCCAUGCAUCAAUAAUGAUGCAGGCACCAGGAAAAAGAGUGAUGAAUGUUGGUUUUGGUAUGGGGAUUAUUGAUUCGAUACUGCAGGAGCACAAUCCUGCAUUGCACAUCAUAAUAGAGGCCCAUCCGGAUGUUUACCAGAAAAUGUUGAAGGAUAAGUGGGAUCAAAAACCAAAUGUCAAGAUAUUCCAUGGACGCUGGCAAGAUGUCAUACCACAGCUCGCAAAGGAAAAGGUCGAAGUAGAUGCCAUAUUCUAUGACACAUACGGAGAGCAUGCGUUUGACAUGGAAGACUUUCAUUUUGCGAUGUCUGACAUUCUUAGCAAACCGCUUGGAGUCUACUCAUUCUUCAAUGGUCUGGCACCAGACAAUCUAUUUUUCCACGGUGUUGCUUGUCAAGUUAUCAAGUUGCAACUUGGCAAACUAGGUUUUGAUUCAGAGUUUCUCCAAUGCCAAAUUGAAGUAAAUGACAACAAAGUUUGGGAUGGAGUUCGUAGGAAAUACUGGCACGGUCGAGACGUAUACUAUCUGCCGCGAAUAACUUGGAAUCAAGAGUACAUAGGUCGCAAGACAAAGGCAAAUAGUAACGAGGAGCACGUGGAUACGGACAUGGAAGAAAACAGCACCAAAAGACAACGAAGAUAA